CUCGUUUCUCUAGUCCCUACUCAUACGCCUGCAAUCGUAGGGCUUCCAAAAAAAAAAAAAAAAAGAAGAGAAAAGAAAAGAAAAGUAAAAAGGCGAAACCAAAAACAAACUCAUCGGAAACUCAAAAUCCCGAAGAAGGGAGAAAUGAACAAUUCAUAUUACCAACAUCAAUAGAAGCGAAGAACAUGGCGGAGCCUAUGGAAGACAACGACGGAACCAACAGCAAGGAAGAGCAAGAGGAGGCUUUGGUCGCUCUCAUCGAUCAUCGUUGCCGUGAAGUUCAAAAUCUCAAGCAGCGUAUCUCAUACUACACUUCACAGCUUGAGGAAGCGGAGAAGAGAUUACACGAUUCAGAAUCUAAAUUGGCCCGGCUUCGACGUCAGGGCAAUGGAGUGUCAUCCAAAGAUUCUCUGAAAAGCAGAGCUGUGAGUGUGAAAGUGGAGCAGAUGGUAAAUGAAGGUAGCAGGCCCCAUCCAGUGUCGAAGCCGGAGCUUGUGAUUCCGGCUGUGGUUCCAAAGACUUCACAGAACAGUGCAUUGGCUGGGAAUGGAGCAAAGAUUUCAAAUAGCUCUAGGGCUCAAUCAAGUCCUUCUCAUAUUAAGAAUGUAAUUAAAGUUGAAGGGGACAGAAAUAUUGGCAACUCUUCUCUUCGAGAAACUUCGAGCACUUCUGACAGAGGGACAAAACGGAAGCUUGAACAGCAGUUGAAGGAGCAUAAAGAGUUGAUUCCAUUAAUACGUAGCAGCUCAUCACCUUCUCAAAUCCGCUGCGUUGGGAGCAAUCAUAUCUCCAGUCAGCAUAAGAGAAAGUUGAGAAGUCUCAUCUCAUGCCCAGUAAAUGAACAGCUAUUUGUGACAAGUGCCCUGGAUGGAGUAGUCAACUUGUGGCAGUUACAGGCUAGAGGGUCAAGUGCCUCUCUACUUAGUUCCGCUGACUGCGUAUCUCCAAAACAAAGAAGAUGGCCAGAAGAUAUAGCCUGGCAUCCAGAAGGGAAUCGUGUAUUUCUUGUUUACAGUGCUGAUGGUGGGGACUCUCAGGUUUCAAUCAUGAAUCUGAACAAAAGUGAAGGGAAAUCUCGUAUUACUUUCCUUGAGGAUAAACCUCACGUUAAGGGCAUUAUCAACAGCAUCAUUUUCUUGCCUUGGGAUAGCACGUCUUUUAUCACUGGUGGAAGUGAUCAUGCCGUCAUACAAUGGAAAGAGAAAGAUGGAGAGAAAAUAUGGAAGCCAAAGGCAUUGCACAGGAACCUGCACUCUUCAGCAGUCAUGGGAGUUGCAGGGAUGCAGCAGAAGCCAAUUGUACUUUCUGCAGGGGCGGACAAGAGAAUACUUGGAUUUGACGUAAAUGUUGGAAGAACAGAGUUCAAGCAUCAGAUAGAAAGCAAAUGCAUGAGUAUAUUGCCUAAUCCGUGCGAUUUUAACCUAUUUAUGGUCCAAACAGGGACUCCAGGAAAGCAACUUCGUUUAUAUGAUAUCAGACUUAGGCAGACAGAACUUCAUGCCUUCGGGUGGGAGCAAAAGAGCAGUGAAUCUCAAUCAGCAUUGAUAAAUCAAGCUUGGUCGCCUGAUGGUUUGAUUCUGACAUCUGGCUCUGCAGACCCUGUGAUCCAUCUGUUUGAUAUCAGGUACAAUUUGCACGCGCCUUCUCAAUCCAUAAGUGCUCAUCAGAAACGAGUCUUCAAGGCCGUAUGGCUCCAUUCUCUCCCCCUUCUUAUUUCCAUAUCUUCUGAUCUCAACAUUGGAUUGCACAAAACAGCGUGAAGUUCCCCAUCUGGAUAGUUUAUUUGCCCAUUGGACUUGUUUAGCCUUCAUACUUUUUUUUAAGGGAAUAAAUUUUUGCAUAAAGAUGAGAAAAUGAAUGCCAUCCAGUGAAGAAGGAUUUUUAUUUUCGUAGUUGGAACUCACAAAGCGGUACUGCAAAGCUCCAUUUGUUGUUGAGUAGUUAGAAGUGAAAUUACAGAGCUCAAUUUUGUUGUUGUCUUGAAGUGUUAUUGUGUACUGUCUAAUUUUGAACAUUGACAACCUUCGCAUUAAAUGUUUGUCAUCUUUGUAAUAUUAAAGAAAGGAAAUUAUAUCGUUUCAAUUUUGUUAA